AUGGAUCACUUCGCAAGAGCCCUGGAGUCCAGAGAGAUACACCCUCUACAACAUCUUGCCAACAUUCACGAAGGUCUCACGGAGAUCAUCUACCUGGGCACUGCGCACCUGCGCUACAAGCUAGGUAGCUUGACAUGGGGUCCCGCCGUCCAGUUCGCCAAAGACAUGGCCCAAACCACGUUCGCUUCCCUCAAAGUUGGCACCUUUCUUCUCGUUGACCAAGUGUCCGACGAGGUUUUUGUGCACGGCGAAUCAUUCGGCACUGGGCCUGACGAGCUCGGCAACCUCGUCCUCUGCCUCCGCCGCCCUUCCGAAUCUGAGGACGAGCGCAAGGCCACCGAUCUUCCUGGUGCGGAGCUGGUUGUGAAGAACGACGCGUUCUGGUUGCGACUACUUCUGUUCACCGACAUGGGUUUUGCAGAGUCGUACAUGCUCGGCGAGUUCGAGUGUGAUGAUCUGACGUCCUUCUUCCAAUUAUUCAUCUUGAACCGUGAACAGCUGAACAACGGCACGACUUUGUUCUCUGGGUUAUUUUCCCACAUCGCCGGUCUCGCUCGCCUGGCAAAUACCAUGGACAAUGCUCGUCUGAACAUCGUCAGGCAUUACGACGUCAGCAACGCCAUGUUUGCUGCUUUUCUGUCGCCAGAUAUGAUGUAUUCGUGUCCCAUCUGGAACCACACGAUCAACAGUCGCACCAAACAGGAGGAGAGUCUGGAAAGUGCUCAGAUGAGGAAGAUCAACUAUUUCAUUGAAGCAGCCAAAAUCAAGCGAACCGACCAUGUCCUGGAAUUUGGAACCGGCUGGGGCACCAUGGCUAUUGAAGCCGUGCGCCAGACAGGCUGCCGCGUCACGACUAUAACCCUGUCACAGGAGCAAAAGACCUUCGCUGAGAGGAGGAUCUGGGCAGCGGGGUUUUCGGACAAGAUUGCAGUGCAUCUGUUGGACUACCGAAUGCUGCCUGACCCGGAGGUCCCCUACGACAAAAUCAUAUCUUGCGAAAUGAUCGAGGCCGUGGGCGAAAAGUUUCUAGCCACGUUUUUCUCGCGCGUUGACAAGCUGCUGAAGAAAGACGGAGGGAUUGCCGUGUUCCACUUCAUUAACCACUACAUAUUCCCUGGAGGAUACCUCCCAUCGGUCACGCAGUUGAUCAACCACAUCACGGCCGAGUCCAACGGAACGCUCAUUGUCGAAAAGAUCAAGAACAUCGGCCCACAUUAUGUCAAGGCGCUGAGGCUGUGGAGGGAGGCCUUUAUGGACAAGUUCGACAGCCGGAUCGCGCCUGCUUUGAUGGAGGAUCAUCCUGGCAUGACGAAGACGGACGUUGAAGUGUUCAAGCGGAAGUGGGAGUACUACUUUUCGUAUAGUGAGGCCGGUUUCCUGACCAAGACGUUAGGAGACGUGAUUAUCACAGUUGGCAGGGAGGGUGCGCUUGAGCUGAUGGAGGGUAUUCCGUUGUGA